CGCUGUGUGCAGCUGGCCCCCACCGCUCCCCGCCCCACAGGGUUGUUUUGGGGCGCGCGAACCUCAGCGCGCGGGGGAGCCGGGGCCGGAGGCUCCCAGCGAGCGGCGAUUGGCUGACGCGGAGGCUCCGCGUCCGGCCUGAGAAACUCUGGGCGAGCGCAGAGUAGGCUGCUCAGGCGGAGCCUGGCGCAUCUCAGCUAAUCCAAAAGUAAAUGAGGAACUUAGAAAAAGAUUGCCAACUCCAGAUCAACAUAUUUAGAGAAAAUUGGAAAAGGAGAAGCUUACUACAGCUUUAUUUGAGGACUUUUUAAAGAACGCAGAGUUCUAGCUGUGAGCUUCAAAUCUUGGAGCAAAAACCGAAGACCUUGCCAGAGCAAACAAGAGCAGAAGUACAAAUGGAGAACUGGUCAAAAGAUGAAGCUCACAUUUAUCUUGAACAGAAGACUACAGAGAGACAUAGAAGUACGCAGUCAGAUGAGCAACUGCCUAUGAAUUCUGAAGGAAGUGUGUGUCAAGAAUCUAAGCAGUUGGUUAAUAAAGGCACAGACGAAGAUGCAGAGGUGCUGGGGCAGAGAUCAAGGAGUUUUCAGGUCAUCAGUCCCUAUCCAGAUGAUGAGGCAGCUUACUGCCCUACUGAAAAAUCCAGCAUUUUGGAACAUAGAAAUAAUGAACUGCAUUAUGAAUAUAUUAUUUCAUGUGAAGCUACUUCAGACUUAAAUAAAGAGAAGACAAUAGCAUUUCUUCUAAAAGAGUUGGAUAUUCUCAGAGCAGGCAAUAAAAAGCUUCAAGAAAAACUGACUAAAGAAGAUAAAGAACAGAGGAAACUAAAACUGAAGCUGGAACUCCAAGAGAAAGCAACAGAAGCUAGAAUUGCUGAAAAGACAGCAGCUCUGGUUGAAGACGUGUAUUUUGCACAAAGAGAACGUGAUGAGGCUAUGAUGUCUAGACUGCAGUUGGCCAUCCAAGAGAGAGAUGAAGCAAUCACACGAGCCAAGCAUAUGGAGGCAUCUUUAAAACUGCUAGAAAAUAUUAACCCUGAAGAAAAUGACAUGACAUUACAGGAAUUACUGAACAGAAUAAACAAUGCAGACACAGGGAUAGCUAUUCAGAAGAAUGGAGCUAUAAUUGUGGAUAGAAUCUACAAGACCAAAGAAUGUAAAAAGAGAAUAACUGCAGAAGAAAUGAACGCAGUGAUAGAAGAACGGGAUGCUGCUUUGUCUCAGUGCAAACGGCUAGAGCAGGAGCUUCAUCAUCUGAAAGAGCAGAACCAGACUUCAGCAAACAACAUGAGACAUCUGACUGCUGAAAACAAUCAGGAACGUGCUCUGAAGGCAAAGUUAUUAUCUAUGCAACAAGCCAGAGAAACUGCAGUUCAACAGUACAAAAAACUGGAAGAAGAAAUUCAGACACUUAGAGUUUACUACAGUUUACACAAAUCUUUAUCUCAAGAAGAAAAUCUGAAGGAUCAGUUUAACCAUACCCUUAGUACUUAUGAAGAAGCGUUAAAAAACAGAGAGAACAUUGUUGCCAUCAUUCAACAACAAAAUGAGGAACUGACCACCCAACUACAACAAACUCUGACAGAGCGAGCAAACAUGGAGGUACAGCUUCGCCAUGCCACAGAGGCCACCCAAGUGGCCAAUGAGAAGGUUCAAAAGUAA